AUGGAAGGGUAUUUAAAGAAAUGGGUGAAUUUCAUGUAUUAAUGGUAAAAUCGUUAUUUUAUUUUACAUGAAGAUUCAUUGAUCUAUUGUUAGUCAAAAGGAUCUCCAAAGAAAGGUAAAAAAACAUUUAUAAUGAUUAGGUUAAGUACAUUUAAGUAUAUGUUCAAUUAGAUCUGUUCCUAAGGAUCCAUAAAGAAUUGUUAUAAAUUCUGGAAUGAGUGAAAUGCACUUAAGAGCUUCAUCAGUAUAAGAGAAAUAAAAGUGGUUAGAUGCUCUUUUGUAUGCACAAUAAAGAGUAUUAUAUAAUCGUUAUAUAUAGUUUACAUCUAAAUCUUAGAAUAAGAUGCUUGUUUAGAGAAAAAAGAAUCCUUUUUAUUUUAUAGAAGGUGCUCCAGAAUUAGAUUUGAAACGUAUCCAUACAACAUUGACAUAAUUUUGGGUUAUGUAAGCACAAUUAGAGGAGUAGAUUUNA